AGGCUGACAGCAGUACCUGAGACUCCGGACGAAGAAACUUCGUCCUAUUGUGGCAGAAGACGCCGCAGAAUGCGCUCAGCCGCGGAUAGAGAGAGGAGAAAGAGACGACGUUUGAGCAGCUCUUCCAGCAACGAAACUGAAACUGAAACUGAAACUGAGUCACGUGAUUCCGAGAGGGUCGGCGGUGCGCGCGGCAGUGGAAGGCUCUUUGGGCCUCUACACGUGAGCAAGAGGCGAAAGAGGAGUGUAGAAUUGUCACUCUUUGAGUAUCGGGCAAAUUGCAAGUCACCUCCCAAUGUUCGCGGGAGUGAAGAAAACCAUGAAGAAGAAACGACAGGAGAUGAAAGUUCAAAGGUCACAGAUUCACCGUCACCUGCUACUAAACCAGAACGUCGUGCGAUACUAACUCUCGAGUCAGAUUCUGCGAGUGAAUGCGAAGAGUACGAGAGGCGCGACACAACUCCUCCCUGUCCCUUACCGUGUGAUGAUGGUUGGUUGACGUGCAGAAGAAAGCCAGGGAAAGGACUACAGCAGAUGGCCCAUUCUCUCACCACCAGCAGUAGUAAUAAUUGUAGGAAAGGGAGGAGUAGGAAGACAGGUGGAACAGGAGAGAGGAAGGAGGGUAAACUGGGAGAGAGAAGGGAGGGAGGGCCAGGAGAGAGCAAAGCAGGAGGGAUGAGGCCAGGGGAUAGUAGGGAGAUGGAUAGUCUGAGGCAGCUGUUCCCUCAGUACAGUGAUAUGUUUCUGAGAGAUAGACUAAAGGAGUCUACCAGUAUGGACGAGGCCGUGGCUAGCAUCCUGGCAUCUGAUGGUCCUCCAGACUCUCCCAAGAGGCGGACUCAACCAAAAUGUCGCAGGAUUCGUCUCCUCUCUGACUCACAGUCUACUAGCACCGACAGUGACGAUGACCUUCCUGAUAUAAAACUUACCCCAACAGAGAAGAGAAGUAGGAGAGGCAGACGGAGGCUGGAUGAUUCACUUGACGAAGAGAAACACUCUGUGCUGCCUCUUGCAGCUCGCAGCAUCCCCGCACUUUCCUCCGAGUCUUCUUUGAGUGAGUCUGAGACCAUUGGGGAGGAGGGGGAGGGGUUAAAAGGAGACUCAAAAGAAGACAAACUAUCAUGUCUCAAUGAUAGAUCUACCAGAAGUUUGGGCAAAACAAAAGGAGAGACACCAUACCUGGAGGAGCUGGAGGGAGAUCUGAGCGACUUCUCAGAGGAGGAGGAAGAUUUCUCUGAGCGCAAGAAGGCGGCCAUAUUGUCUCUGCUGGACGGGAUAUCGCUGGAAGAGGCCCAGGCAGUCCCUGGGCUCUCUGAGAACAAAGCUGCACUAUUGCUGGCCCAGAGACCUUUCAGCAGCUGGGAACACCUGACUGAAGCAGUGGUAUCUGUCAAGGGACUAAGUGAAAAGUGUCUGGAGGGGUGUGGCAGACUGCUGAAGGAGAGGGAAAUGAUGGCAGACCUCCUGUCCCAAUGCCAGGCCAUCUCCUCCUCCAUUCAGAACCUCGUGAACCAAGUCCGCCUCAAAAAGGAAGAGCAAACAGAGCAGCAGCAGCAGUCACAAGAGGACUCUGCCAGUGACGAUAUUGAUUUCCCUCUCCCGUCCAUGAUAUCCCCCGGACUGGUCCUGAAGCCAUACCAGAAGGUGGGGGUCAGCUGGCUUUCUCUGCUCCAUUCUCAGAACCUCAAUGCCAUUCUUGCCGAUGAAAUGGGUCUGGGAAAGACAAUCCAGACUAUAGUGUUUCUGUCUCAUCUCUAUGAGCAAGGCUGGAAGGGACCUCAUCUUAUUGUUGUUCCUUCCUCUACCCUCGACAAUUGGGUGAGAGAGCUGAAUUGCUGGAGUCCAUCUCUCAAUGUUAUCACCUACUGGGGGAGUUUGGGUGAGCGGUCAGGCAUGAGACGUGACAUGCUGUCUGGGGACCUCCAGGGCUACUAUGAUGUCAUUCUUACAACGUACACGAUAUGCAUUGGGCGUGCAGAGGAUCGUCAAUUUCUGAGGAAGCUGAAGCUAAAGACACUGGUCCUGGACGAGGGACACAUGCUUAAGAACAUGUCCACCCUCAAGUACAACCACCUCAUGAAGAUACAGGCAGAGCGGCGGCUUCUGCUAACAGGGACUCCUCUCCAGAACAACCUCCUGGAGCUGAUGUCUCUGCUCAGUUUCGUGAUGCCGUCCGUGUUCCGUCCCUACAUCCAGCCCCUCCAGUCUGCAUUCCGGCACAGCAGACACACAGCCGAGGUCAGCGACUACUACCAGGACCAGGUUUCAAGGGCGAAGGAGAUAAUGUGCCCCUUUAUUUUGAGGAGGUUGAAAAAAGAGGUCCUUCACCAGUUGCCAAGAAAAGUUGAGAGUGUUAAACAUUGCGCUUUAACCCCGGAACAGUCAGAGUUGUACCACAAGGAAGUGGAAUUGGGGAGAAAGGAGAUGAAGAAUGGCAGAGGUAAGGAGCUGGUCAAGUCAAUGUCUGUGUUAACACAGCUCCGCAAGGCAGCCAACCACCCUCUCUUGUUGCGCUCCCACUAUUCAGAUGAUGUCAUUGCUUCUAUGUCUACUGAAAUUCUGAAGGAGCCAGAGCACCGUGAUGCAGACGCUACGCUGGUAGCUGAAGAUAUGGCCGUCAUGUCUGAUUUUGAGCUGCACAACCUCUGUGUCAGACAUGAGUCACUGGUGCAGUACAGACUGUCCAAUGGCCUAAUCAAAGAGUCAGGAAAAUUGAAGUAUCUAGAAAAGAAGCUCGGAGAUUGCAAAGAACAGGGAAGACGAGUCCUGAUCUUCAGUCAAUUCAUAAUGAUACUGGACAUUUUGGAGGCGUGGCUGCAACUUCUAGGCCACAGCUAUCUCAGAUUGGAUGGAAAAACACACAUGAACGAUAGGCAGAUGUUGAUAGACCAAUACAACUCCAGUGACGAUAUCCUGGUUUUUCUCCUCUCUACUAAAGCUGGUGGUCUGGGUAUAAACCUGACCUCUGCCAGUGUGGUGGUCCUCCACGACAUUGACUUCAAUCCCUACAAUGACAAACAGGCAGAGGAUCGCUGCCACAGAGUCGGCCAGACCAGAGAGGUUGAGGUGGUGAGACUGGUGGGGAGAGACACGGUGGAGGAGGAUAUUCUGAGAUGUGCACAACAGAAACUGAAACUGGAGCAAGACAUGACAGCUGGAAGUCAGUUGAAUAAGACGGACAUGGCCUCUCUCCUCGGUCAAGGACUCAAACUGUAGCUCACUCUCACAACUCACCAAUCAUUAGCAAAACUGUUACUGCAUUAUUUAUUGCGUAUAAUAAUCAUCAUAAGUUUGGCCACAACGUUAAAUG